CUACUCUUGAGUAGAUACUAGAUUUUGUUUACAGUGAGAUAUAGUGACAUAUUAUCUGUACAUGAUGUUAAAAUAUGGUUGUAUUGCUAUUAGUGAAGUCAUAGAGAUCACCAACUGGGUUUCUGUCCAUAUUAAUCAACAUCAAGAAUUGAUAGUUGGAACUUCAUUAUCAGGUACUUGGCCGUGAGCCCCACACAUUGUUUGAGGGCUGAUCAUGAUACCUAGUGGAAGUACGUGGAGCCUGAUUCAAAUCUGGGACUCAUUUGUUGGAAGUCAAGCGCUAAAGCCAAUAAGCCACAUCAGGAGCAAAGAAAGAGACGAGCAGCAACAUGUUAUUGACUAAUAAAAUUUUAAUCAACACCUACAGCUGAACUAGCUAAAAUGAGCUGUCCGAUUUGUGAAAGUCGUCAUCUUGUUGAAGAUGAAAACACUGGACAACUAAUUUGUGGAGAAUGUGGGACAGCAACAGGUGUUUUUCGAGGAGUUACACAGUCUCAGGAUUUCUGUGAAACUCGUGGAUUACGUGUAAUACAAAAGCAGGUGAAUCCAGUGACUGCAGACAAUCCGGAAACUUUGGAUGUGAAAAUAACUGAAGCAAAUAGUGCCGUUAAUCAAACGAUAAAUUCUGUUCCUCGCAAUACGAAUUGUGAUACAUUAGACGACUUGUUCACUUCAGAUGAUGUAGAUAUCAUCAAUAUAAGCCAGAAAGACAAAUCCAAAGAGAAAAGUCGGCCAUGGCGCCUAUCGGAACCUUUUACAUUUAUAAUGAAAUGUCAAGCAAAUAGUUUAGCAAAAGAGUUAAAUCUAUCAGACGAAGAGAAAACAACGUUGUGUAAUGCUGUCUGGAAUAUAUGGCUUCAUUAUUUGGCUAUAACUGGUGAGCUUGGUUCUGAUGCUUGGCUAGAUGCAGCUGUUGCCUUGACGAAAUCAAUUAGUGAGGUAUAUCAAAGCAAAAUUGGGUCAUUAAAAGAAGGCGACAGGCCUCGGCAUAGAAAUCUGCGAAGAUGUAAAGAAAAUGUUCGUUACUGUAAUUCUACUCCUUUGCUAUAUGAAAAUGAAUGGGAGUUUAUUAAAACCCGUUUGAGCCAGUUACAGUGGUUUGGUUGGGGUAUGCUGUAUGAACCAGAUGAAGGCCGUGAAAUCGUUAGUAUGCUUCAUGUAUCUCAGAGAAAAAAUAAAAAAUUAGCUAAGUUAACCAGGCAACGUAAACGAAAACACAAAUCAGAUAGUGAUUCUGAUUCAGAUGAAACCGACCAUUUUUCUGAUGAAGACAAUGUCGAAGAUCGCAGAAAGUCCAGAAGUCGUAUGGGGUUAGGAGAUUCUAAUGAAAAAAAUGUUUCUAGUCCAGCUGAGACUACAAAGUCCAGUGUUUUCCCCAUCAUCACUUAUGAAAAGUAUACUCGGGAUGUAUUAGCACCAUAUUUUACCAAAAAGUUGUGUCGUUUACCAGAUAUGAGUAAUUUAUUUUGGCGUGGUCAAAUGGAAGGCGGUAUUACCUGUCGAGGAUUACUGGAGCAUAAUAUAUCUGUUUUGUUUUUUGCUUGUUUAACUACAAGCCCUAUACGAAAAGCAUUCAACCCAUUGUUUUUAUCAAGCUUUAUAAAUCCUGGCUUUCCAAAUGUCCCGUAUGCACUUAGUACAAUGAUUACUUUAAAAGAUUUAUUAGACUUGUGUGUUAGUCGCCGUUUACCCUUUAUAGCUGCUGAAAAGUUUUUCCCUCCGGGUGCUUUUCGUAUACGUGAUCAAUGUUUACGAAAUAUGAUCAGACGACUUCGACAUCCAGAAAUUGAAGUUUUAACGCAUGCAACUGUAAGAAUGCGUGAAUUUCUUGGCUUAAAUCACUUUCCAAAAUAUCCAUUGAUUUGGCUUGUACAUCGUCACAUAGCUGCUUUAGGUCUUCCAGAAAUUAUGCAUAUAUUUGUAAAACCUUUAUUAGAAAGAUUACAUAAACAAUGUAUUGCUAUAAAUGAGUUAGUACAACGUCCUUUAUUACAUUUUAUCCCAUGGCCUCGAGUUGUUCGUCCAGAAGUAUUUGCAAUGGCAUUCGUUGUUAUACUAUUACGUCUUGUAUUCAAAUUCAAUGAUACUUUUGAAUAUCAACUUAGUUCUGUGGCUAAAGCUUUAGAAACAUUUCCAGAUCGUCAUGUAGAAAGUGCUCAAACUGGUAGUGUUUCAUUAUAUGAUCGACCAUUUGUUUGGUUAUCAUGGAUGCAGUAUAUUGAUUCAAGAUUUUAUCCAUCUCAUAAAAUGAAUACAAGUCUAUCGAAAAGUGAACGAAUGUCGUAUAGUAAUGAAAAAGUUCGAGAUACUAAUCAACCGUUAAUUAUGACUGCUAGACGAGGUACUGAAUUGCUCAAUGUAGAAAAAGCAUCAGAUUUAUUAGGUUUAGCAGAAUUCAAAAUUGGUCAAGAUGUUGGCUGGGGUGAGACAGGUGUGAAAGAGAUCAAAGUAGCUAAUGCUUCAGUUAAAAUGUCAUUAUCACAACCAUUGCGUAAUCUUUAUGAAAAUGAUAUGACGACGAAUUCCUCCUCUUCAACUACUUAUAAUCAAUCCCAGCAACAAGAGCGUCAUCAAAAGAUUAAUGAUAGUUUUAUAUUCAGCAGUAGUGCUAAAAGUACUCAAUCUAUAUCUCCUAAACCUAUUUUACUUUCAAGUUAUGAACAAGAUGGUCUACUUAGUCCAUUUCGUAAAACACAAUUAAAUUAUUUAUAUGAUGAAAAUAUUAAUAUCAAUGAAUAUUUUCCAAUAUCUAAUAAUCAUAAUUAUAAUACAUUUAGUCAAUCUUAUACGUUUAACAAUCAUGCUAUAAGAGAAUGGUGGUUAAAUUUAAUAGAUAUACGAUCUGAUUACUUUCCAAUAUGUACUGGUGAAUGGUCUUUUAACUAUACAAAUAAAAACCUAUGGAAAAAUCGUAACAAAAUGUCAUUUUUAUUACCAAAACCAGUUGAAGAUUUGAUUGCUAAACAUAAUGAAAAUUUAUCUAAAGCAUUAGACCAUCGUGGUGUAGUGUCUCAAUCUGAAGAUGACAGAAAUCCUUCAAGUGAUUUAAGAGUGAAUACUGUCGUUGAAACUGAAGAUUCAGAUACAGAAAAACCUCUUUGCUUACAUUGUUGUAAUCCAAGUAAAAGUAUUAAAUGGCUUGUUAAAGUCUGUGCAAUGGUUUGUGGAGCGUCAAACGCUAGAUCACUUAUCACUGAAAUUGAAUGCUUGGAACGUUUGUUUAAGUGGAAUGCACCACAACUAUGUUCCGCAACAUUAUCUGGAAAUGAAUCACGUUUUGUUGACUAUGCGCUUCUAUCAUUUUUUGAUUUGAAUAUUGAUGCCCCUAUGUUAUCAGAAAUUGUUAAUUACGUCAGAAUUGGAAUUACAUGAUCUAUUUUUUUCUCACUCGCACAAUUUUUGUAUAGUGGUAUUCUUAAUAUUAUAUUAUAUUUGUUUGUUUAUUUUUUUACAAUUUGUACAUAGAACAAGCUUAGUUGUAUUCAUACCAAUCUAUCGUUUUACCUGUUUAUUAUAUGAUUUGUAUAGUUUUGAUAAUUGCAAACAAAAAUAAUUAUGAAUAAGGCAUUAAGAAGACAAAUUUCGCGAGAUGAUAUCAUUUCGUAGUUUCUUUACAACCGCUUUACAACUAACAUGGUUAACAAUGAUAAAAUAAAGUUCAUGAAAAUUACUCAGUUAAAUAAAAACAAAAGUACAUACUAAUGACCAAUCAUAUUUAGAUAGGUCAUGUAGUCCAGGGUAGGGCGAAGAUUGAGGUCUAUUGUUUUUUGUACACACAGUUUAGGCUG